GUGGCGAUAACACUGUCCAGGACGCGCACUCGGCACGACUUCGCCGCCGAGCUGGUACGCGUUGUCGCAAGUGAGAAGGGGAGAGAGGCAGUGGCGCCGUCCAAGGCGACAUGGCCAGACCAGCUGCAAGCCGCCAUGGCCGUCGGGCUCGGGCAUGAGGAGUGGGUCGCCGUGCUGGGGGGCCGUAUGCUUGCGGCCGGGAUAGAGUGGGUCCCCGAUGCCGUGCGGGGCCGGCUAACGUCAAGGACAGUCGUCCGUUUAUGCGGCCGGGAAGGCACACGGCCGGCGCUAACCGGGCCGGCCGGGUCGCUACGGCGCGCGGCACAGGAGGCGCAGAUCAAGCACGAGAAGGCAAUAAAAGACCGGGCGCUCCGUCAAGCGCAAGGAAGGAUCGAUUUCGGCUGCGCCUUCCCUUUUACAGACAUCCCCAGCGUCGUUCAGUCAGGGUUCAACCAAGCUAAGACGAUCUUCUCCGGGAAAGGCGACAUUAAGGUGCUAGACCACUACCAGCUUGCGAUGAACUGCCUGGCCGAGAACAUCGACGACCCCCUCUGCUGCCUCAUGCUGAUGAUCACGCUCACGGUAUGCUCGUCGUCGGAAACGCCAGAAGUGGCGCAAGGGUCGCGGGAGUUUAGCGUGGCAGCAAAAAGGAAAGACCCCGGGCAGCUCGCGCUCGUCAUGGUCACGCGGAUGAUGUGGUUCCUCUACCCCAGGUUUUCCCGUGGGCAAAGAAUUCCGGAGGGACAGCCUAUGACGCUACAAGAGCAUAAGGGCUGCAGCAACCGGAUGCUGCAGGCGGUCGGUUGGGUCACCUCGAAGAGCAAGCGCGACAGCCCGCGAAACACGGACCUGCAAUUGCGGUCGCAGGAGGAGCUUCUCGAAACGCUGCGGGGCUUGCAGUUAGCCAUCAAGCGACCCGAGGACUUCAUUGGCAUAAUAUUCCAUAGUCAGGACGACAUUUGGGUAGAGCGGUGUGGGAGCCUUGUCAACCGUGCAGCAUAAGGAGCACAAAGGAUACAGCAACCGGAUGCUAUAGGAGCUAUAAUAGGUCAUAUCGAAGAGCAACCGCGAUAGUCUACGAAACACAGACCUGCAGCUGCAACCCCGGGAGGAGCUACUAAGGACGCUUUGAGAGCUAAGGUCUGCUCUCCGGCGUCGAGGAGACUUUAUCUGUAUAGUCUUUUGUAGCCGGGAUAGAAUCUGGGUGGAGCGUUGUGCGAGUAUUAUCAAGUAGGGAGGUAGAGAGGUUCUAGAGUAGCACAGGUACAAUAAUACUUCAUACAGAGCGGACCGGCCAUUACGAAGUAAAGACGGCUUGUAGUUAGAAACCCGGUCCUGGAGAUCGAGAAAGAAAAUCCACUACUAUAGCUGAUUUGUAU